AGCCUGAAAGGGACUGAAAAUCGUGAAGAAAAACCUUUUCAUAAGGAAAAAUUCUUUGUGAACAUAUCUGGCGUGCUCUUUAAGAGACAUUCUGUGAUCUUACGUUGUGCUUCUGGGAUCUUCUCUCUUCAUUGUCGCUUAUAAGGUAGCUUUAAAUUAAUGAUAAGGAAGCCAUGCAGGGCAUAGGCUGUGCUGAGGUUCACAGCUUUCAUUCUGAAUGAGAGGAUAAAGUAAACUGAUAUUGAAAGCACGGAGGGAGAAACAAACACAGUCAGUAAGCCUAUAAAAGUCUUAGCCAAUGGCAAUGGUAAGUAUCCUGCUGGCAAGGGUGACCUUGAAUGAACUAAGUGGGAUAAAGUCACCAGCCUGGACCGACGGCUGAAGAAUCAGGCUGAAUUCCAGCAAACAGAGAGCAGAUUCCUGACAAGAUUUUCCUGAGCUGUGGCAAUGGCUUCUCGCUGUUGGAAAUGUGGACAACAGGUGCCCAGGAAUCCAUCUUUCACUGCUGUCCGAAUAACAGAAGGAGAAAUGAAAUCUUAUCAUGAUUUUAUAGGAGGAUGCAUUAGACUGGAGCGGAUGGCAAAGAAAGAUGAAAUCAUGCAGCAGGAGAUACGGCCGCUGGUUGCAGUGGAUAUAAUAGAGCAGCUCCACAGGCAGUUUGCUAUCCUGUCAGGAGGAAGAGGGAAGGAUGGGGCACCCAUUAUAACCUUUCCAGAAUUUGCAGGAUUCAGUGACAUACCCGAUGAAGAUUUUCUGAACGUGGUCACAUAUCUAACCAGCAUUCCCAGUCUGGAGGCUGCCAGCAUCGGAUUCAUCAUCAUUAUAGACAGACGACGGGACAAAUGGAGCGCAGUCAAGGCAUCCCUGACACGGAUAGCAGGAGCAUUUCCAGGAAACCUGCAGCUGGUGUUUGUCUUGCGACCCUCCCGCUUUAUCCAAAGGGCGAUCGCUGACAUUGGCAUUAAACUCUAUCGAGAUGACUUUAAAAUGAAGGUACCGAUCAUCAUGUUAAAUUCUGUCUCUGAUCUGCAUGGCUAUAUUGACAAAAGUCAGCUGACCCGGGAGCUGGGAGGAACCCUGGAGUAUGGCCACAGUCAGUGGAUUCAUCACCGAACUGCUAUUGAAAACUUUGCAAUGACAGUAAAAACAACAGCACAGAUGCUACAGACUUUUGGAACAGAUCUAGCAGAGACUGAACUUCCCAACGAUGUGCAGUGUACAGAGGAGCUCCUCUCCACACACACUGACCAUCACAGCAAGUUGAAGGAUGAGCUGAAGUUAGCUGUGAAGCAGGGAGCCACCCUACUGACGUGCAUUAGGGAGCCUGUCACCCGAAGUGCCAACAGCAAACUCAGUCCAGAUGAACUGGAAAAUGUGGCAACAGUAGAAAGGUUAUUGGCUCAGUUGGAUGAAACAGAAAAGGCUUUUGAUCAAUUUUGGACCAAGCAUCACUUAAAACUAGAACAAUGCCUGCAGCUUCGACACUUUGAACAUGAUUUUAGAGAGAUAAAACUGGCAUUGGAUAAUCUCAUGGAAGCACAAGCAGGUUUUGCUGACAUUGGAGACAGUGUGAGUCGAGUGGAGCACCUCCUAAGGGAACAGAAACAACUGGAAGAGAACGGACAGGAACCUUUAGAGAAGGCCCAAUCUCUAGCUCUCCAUGGAGAACAGCUCAUCCAAAACAACCAUUAUGCCGUUGACUCCAUUAGACCAAAGUGUGUUGAACUCAGGCGUAUUUGUGAUGACUUUACCAAUGAGACAAAGAAAAAGUAUGAUAUUUUGGGAAAGUCUCUUGAGCUGCAUAAGCAGCUGGAUAAGGCAAGCCAAUGGUGUGAAGCUGGAAUCUACCUCUUAGCUUCCCAAGCUGUGGACAAGUGCCAGUCACAAGAGGGAGCUGAAACUGCACUCACUGAAAUUGAGAAGUUCCUGGUAACGGCUAAGGAACACCAGCUUUCUAACCCGAAGGAGUUCUACAAUCAGUUUGACAUGAUCCUCACCCCUGAAAUAAAGGCCAAUGCCCAAAGAAUUCUAAAAAAACUAGAAGAUGUACAAGAAAUGUUUGACAAGAGGCAUGUAAGUCUGAAGAAGCUGGCAGCCAAACAGACCCGGCCAGUACAGCCUGUUGCCCCACAUCCUGAAUCUUCCCCAAAGCGAGCAUCACCAAAGAUUACCAGACCAGCAGGAGUAGCUACCAACAGGAGGUCCACAGAAAUUUCCUGCCCUCCAAAGACCAUUUCUGAAGUAGAGUUAUCAAAAAAGAAAAACAUUAAGAAGACUAAAGGUGGAAUUAAGAUUGAAGUGAUGCAUGAAGCUAGCCAAGGAGGCUCCAGCAGAGUCCUCGUGAUGAGUGAAAGCGAUGAGAACUUAUCAACAAGGAGAAGCCACAUAAUCAAUGAGCUGAUAGAAACAGAACGUGUUUAUGUAGAAGAACUUCAAAGUAUAAUAGAGGGAUAUGCUUCAGAAAUGGACAAUCCCAAUUUAGUACAUCUGAUUCCAUCUGCACUCCAGAACAAGAAAGAAAUUCUCUUUGGGAACCUCCCAGAAAUCUAUGAAUUCCACAACAGGAUUUUCCUUAAGGAGAUAGAAAAUUGUAUUGAAAACCCUGAGCUCCUUGCCCGAUGCUUUUUGAAAAGAAAAGAGGACCUCCAAAUAUAUGAAAAAUACUGUCAGAACAAGCCAAGGUCUGAAGCUCUCUGGAGGCAGUGUGGAGACAGCAGCUUCUUUCAGGAAUGCCAGCGCAAAUUAGAUCAUAAGCUUUCACUAGAUGCUUAUCUCUUAAAGCCAGUUCAGAGAAUCACCAAGUACCAGUUGCUGUUAAAGGAAAUGCUGAAGUGCAGUAAGAAUUCAGAGGGUACCGCUGAAUUGGAAGAAGCUCUGGCCACGGUGCUUGAUAUUAUCAAAUCAGUAAAUGACUCCAUGCACCAGAUAGCGAUCACAGGAUAUGAGGGGGACGUCAGUGAGCUUGGGAAGCUGUUGAUGCAAGGUUCCUUCAAUGUGUGGACUGAUCAUAAAAAGGGGCACAACAAGGUGAAGGACUUGGCUAGAUUCAAACCAAUGCAGAGACACCUUUUUCUCUAUACAAAGAUGCUACUUUUCUGCAAGAAACGGGAGGAAAACACAGAUGGCCACGAGAAGACGGCUUCAUACAGCUUUAAAAAUUCAUUAAAGAUGAGCACUGUGGGCAUUACAGAAAAUGUAAAAGGGGACAACAAGAAGUUUGAGAUCUGGUACAAUGGCAGAGAAGAAGUCUAUAUCAUUCAGGCAUCUUCUGUUGAGCUGAAAAACACAUGGAUUUCAGAGAUUCGCAAAGUCCUGACAGGACAGCUAGAAGCCUGUAGAGAAGCAAGUCAACUGCACCAAAGAAUCACUGAGAGUGUAUACCAUGCACCAAUGGAUUCCUCUAAUGCAAGCAGGUAUAGCAGGAAAUCAUCAAAUAUAUAUGAAAACAAAUCUGAGACAUCAAAUGUGGAAGCAUCUAACAAUAAAAACAGGAAUUCCAGUCCCAGUGCCAGACAAAAGAGAGUUGAUGCUUCCACCAGCCUUAACCUUGAGCGCACAGCGCUUGCUAGAAAACGAUUCACAUUGCAAGGUCUUUCCAACCGCAGAGCUCCACCCAAAGAUCCAGAAUCUAAGGAAAGAGAAGUUACCCGUCGCUUUUCCCUAGCCUCCUCCAUCAGCACCCCAGUUAAUGCUUCUGCUGUGACCAAAGGUCCCCUUGUUCCUGCAGUUAAAGUCAAGAGACACGAAAUAAAGAGUGACCCAACUCCCCUGGGGUUUGAAGAUGCUUUUGAGAACACCAUAUUGGCCCAGACUAAAUGUAAUACCGGUUCUACCACGAGACCUGUACCUAGAUCUGCUUCACAGACAGGUUGGCCCAGCAGGCAAAUGCCAUCUCUAGACACAUUUGAAGAUUUUGAAGCCAUCCCCUCCAGCACAGAUGAACUCUCCAACUCUUCUGACUUGGAGGAAGAGACCAACCCUAACAAUGGGACCAAUCUCUUCCGGGUAGAAGGCAGUUUUGACAGCUGUUUCCCAGAAUCUCUUACACUCGAGGAUGGAGAUUUAGUGCAGUUUGUGCAGGAAGGAGAGAACGGUCAAUGGUUAGUGAAGAAACUGGUCUCUGAGAAGAGUGAAUGGGUUCCUUCCAGUAUAUUGCAGCCAACAGAGGGAGACAGUAACAGCAUAAUUAAGAACAGCAAUGCAGACAUGUACAACGAUUCCUGCAGUACAGCCUCAGUAGAGUCAGACACCAAGGAGACCGAGGUGGCCAAAAGCUUCCCAGCAGAACAGAGGGCUGGCAGCUGAACAGCAGAUCAGCCUUCCUCAGGAUCCCAUCCAUCG